ACAGCACUUUGUAAAAAUAAAUCUGGUUGCACCAAAUCUCAAACUCCCAUAUCCGCAUGACGUGAAACGUCACCGCACCCACACGCUCCUUCCCAAAUCUAAUCACCCGAUGACGUGGAUCCUCACUUAUCCUUCCCUUUUUACUCUCCUUAAAACCGUCAAACUUUUACCUUAAUUCCAAUAUUGUCCCUUAAAAAACCCAUCCAACGCAGAUUAAACCCCCAAAAUCACUGUAUCACCAUACGUCCGAGAAACACUGAAUCUAAACUCCCCGCCAAAACAGAAAGUAAAUAAAAAUUUUAAAUAAUUAGUAUAAUAUUUUGAAAAUUUUCUUUUUGUGUCAUUUCAAAAUCUCUGUUUAUCUGAAGAAAAUUGUUUCGCCAUGGGCAAAGGCAAAGCUCCAAGGAGAACUCUCGAUUCUUAUACACUCAGGAACAUCAACAAAACAAUUAAAGCGGGAGAUUGUGUGUUGAUGCGACCGGCGGAGCGAUCGAAACCGCAAUACGUGGCGAGAAUCGAACGGAUCGAGGCGGACGCACGUGGUGGAAACGUGAAGGUGCACGUGAGGUGGUAUUAUCGGCCGGAGGAGUCGAUCGGAGGGAGGAGACAGUUCCAUGGUUCUAAGGAGGUUUUCUUGUCUGAUCAUUACGAUGUGCAGAGCGCUGAUACGAUCGAAGCGAAGUGUACGGUCCAUAGCUUCAAAAGCUAUACAAAGCUUGACGCCGUUGGAAACGACGAUUUCUUCUGUCGUUUCGAAUACAAUUCCGCCACCGGUGCUUUCAACCCCGAUCGCGUCGCCGUUUAUUGCAAAUGUGAGAUGCCUUACAAUCCUGAUGAUCUUAUGGUUCAGUGUGAAGGUUGCAGUGACUGGUUUCACCCUGCUUGUAUAGAAAUGACAGCAGAAGAGGUGAAAUUACUCGAUCACUAUUUUUGUGAAACUUGUUUAUCCGAAGAUCCGAAGAAGUUGCAGAAUUCCCUUGCCUCUUCCGUAGACUUGGAUACAAAGGUGGAUGCAAAAAAACGACGACGGAGGUGAAAAAGAAUGUACAUAAACUUCUAGUGUUUUAGUUGAGAGACGAUAGUUUUAAUUUUUACCACGAUGGUUGAGUUUGAGACUGACUGACUUAGCUGGUUUGAAAACCUUUAUGGUUUUUUUUUUUUUUUUAUGCCAUAUGUAUGUAUCUGGAUUGUAAAUUAAGGUUGUAUUGUAUGUUAUAUAAAACUUCACUGUUUCUCUACCUUUGGUGCAGUGAUUAUAUGUCGAAAUUCAAAUUUCGGAUUUUUUACCGAGAUAA